AAGUGUCAAUAUAAAAGUACUCUGUGGCAAGUGUUUUGCAAAUUUUUAUAAAUAAUAUAAUAACCCAUGUCCCAAUUUAAACUAAUAAAUAGUUAGUAAUCAUAUAAAGUUAAAAAAACUAACUAUGGAAGAAAACAGCUAUAAAUCUGUAGAGUACUGUAUGGCCUGCUUUAGCGAAAACGCAUCACAAAUUUACAAAAUAGAAAAUGAGGAUUUUAAGACCAUUCUUCAGGAAAAUAUAUUGAGAUUAUGUUUUAUUUGCAAGAGUAUAGCUAGGUAUGCUGAAUCUUUCAUAGAUAGUGUUCAAAGAAAUCAAACAUUACUUGAUAAUUUGAUGAAAAGUGCAAGGAUGACAAUUUUAACAAUAGAACCAAGACCAAUAAAAAAUCUAGAAUAUGUAGCAAUGGAAGCUAUAGAUAUUGGAAGAGAAGUGUUUGAAAAAGAACCUUUUCCUAUAAUCAUAUAUAGCCACAGUAAUGAAAUGAUGCAUACAGAUAGUGAUAUAGCCGAUAACAAUGAGGAUAUUUCACUCUUUGAAAUAGAAUGUGAAAGUUCAAUUAUAAAAGCGGAACCAUUUGAUACAAAGGCUGAAAAUCAUGAGAGAGUAAGGGACUCUAUGAAUAGCAGUAUAGAUGGAAACAGUAAUUUAGAAUUAGAUUGUGAAUCAAUGGAGGGAAAUGUGGAUAUUGAGAAAACUGAGGAAUUUUCUUUUAUAAUGAGAACUAGUAAAGAAUGCAAAUCGGUAGUUGAGGAACCAGAAAUAAUUCAAGUCAAUAUAUCACGAGAAGACCUUAUGAAGGAAAGGGAACAGUCGGCAAAUGAGCAUUAUUACAUUAAUUCUGCAUUUCAAUGUGAAACUUGUGUGAAGGGCUUUAUGUUCAGGGAUCUUUAUGAAAAACAUCUGAAGUUACAUUGUGAGUCAAAUGGUAAAUACGAAUGUGACGUAUGUAAGCUGAGAUUUCCCACACAGGAAAAACUUUCGAAACAUAGCCGAUGUCAUCUGGUGCGAUAUAAAUGUAAAGUGUGCAAUUUGACGAGGAAAUGUCGGAGUUACAUGAAAAAUCAUUACGAGGCGGCACAUUCAAAGAAAUGUAAUGAGUAUUGUUGCAGCGAGUGCGGUCGGGUGUUUAGAACGAAGGAAACUAUGAAAAAACAUAAAUACUACACGCACACAAACAAACGGGUCAUGUGCGAGUAUUGUAAAAAGGUAUACGUGAACAAGGACACGCUGAGGAAGCACACGUUGGAGAAGCAUCCAAAAGAAGUGUCCAACGGUGUGGUCCCCCCCAAGAAGUACAUUUGCCCGAAAUGUGGGAGGGGCUCAGAAUCGCCCGCCUCACUGAAGACGCAUAUGCUAUCGCAUGACAAGAAGAAAAACUUUUACUGUGUGGAGUGUGAUAAAAGUUUUAAAACCGAAGUGUCACUGAAACAGCAUUUGAAGAUAACAGCCGCUCACGCAGAGAAUAAGGAUUUACCACUACAGUGCGGACAUUGCGACAAACGGUUCGGUCUGAAGAAAAGCUUGGAAAGGCAUAUCUUGAGGAUUCAUCUUAAUUUGAGGCCAUUUCAUUGCAAUCUGUGUGACAAGACAUACACACAGCGCAGUUGCCUGCUGGUACACAAGCGAUUCGCUCACGAGGGCUACUCGUUGCCGAAGAAGUACGCUUGUACUGUGUGCGACAGAGCGUUUAAUAGGACGAAAAUUUUGAAGAUUCACAUGCGCACGCACACGGGCGAGCGGCCGCUGUCGUGUGCGGAGUGCUGCGCUAAGUUUCGGCAGCCGGGCGCACUGUACACACACGUUCAAUUGGUGCAUCGGAAGGAGGGGAAGGGGAAGGGAAGGAAGAAGGAAGGGAAGGGUGAGGAGGAGAGUGGAGAAGAUCUGGACGAGGGAAAGAAAUAAAAAACAAUGAAGCCAGGGGCAGAACAGCAAAAAUUAUAUGCAAUUAUGUUUAAUAAAACAAUAAAUAUAUUUUUAAUUCACAAAUAUUUAUAUUUCUUUAUGAUGUAACCGAUGGAGAAAUUGAUAUAUUCAAACAGAAAAGGAACUGAUCAAAGGGCGUUACAUAUUAUUUAUUUCAUGAAUUUAAUGCCAUAAAUAAAUUUCUCGCUUUAAAAAACUCAACUUUUGGUGAUUUUAU